GCCACCUUUUUUGGAUCACCAUUUGCAUGGAGAGGCAAGAAUGUAUCAGGCAAUUGGAGUCAUGUACCACACUUUCUCGUGCAUCCCAGCUGAGAUCGCUAGUGGAGCGCACCAGCGAUUCGAGAGAUACGUUCGUGUGGAACAAACUCAUCGAAGUUUUCGGGAGGUGCGGCGGCAUCUCCCAGGCUCGAGAGGUUUUUGAUUCUCUGAGGCAAUGGAAGAAUUGCUACUCGUGGGUUUUCAUGAUCUCUGCUUACUCCAGGAACGGGCUUGUGGAAGAGGCCAGGCGGACUUUCGAUGAGAUGCCGGAGAAGAAUCUGGUCUCCUGGAACACCAUCGCUGUGACUUAUGCCCAAAACGGGCAUCUUGCGGAUGCGAAGCGGAUCUUUGAUUCCAUGCCGGCUAGGAAUAUGGUAUCUUUUUCUUCGAUGCUGACCGCGUUUGCUCAAAACGGGCAGCUGGAAGCCGCCCGGAGAAUCUUUGACAGGAUGCCCGCAAAGAAUCUCAUCUCCCAGACAGCGAUGUUAUCGGCAUAUGCCCAAAACGGGUCUCUCGAGCAUGCAAAGCAAGUAUUUGACUCGAUGCCGCAGCACAAUCUUGUCUCUUGGAACUCAAUCCUUACCGCAUUUGCACAAAACGGAAAACUAAUCGAUGCUCAAGAUACAUUCAAUCAAAUGCCCGAGCAAGACUUGAUUUCCUGGAACGCAAUGCUAACAGCAAUCGCCCAAAAGGGAAAACUGGAGGAUGCCAAGAGAUUCUUUGACGAGAUGGCUUGCCGCAACCUUGUAUCUUGGAACUCCUUGAUCUCGUCCUUCUCCCAAAAUGGACACGUGGCAGAGGCCAAGAGGUUGUACGAGAAUAUGCCAGAGAGGGACCAAGUCUCUGCCACUGCAAUGCUCACGGCAUAUUCCCAGCUUGGGAAUCUCCGGGAUGCUGAGGCAGUGUUUAGCGAGAUGCAGUUCCAAAACUCCAUCUCCGCCACCGCAAUGCUGAAUGCGUAUGCCCAAAACGGGAAUAUCCAGGAGGCCAGAAAUGUAUUCGACCAGAUCCCCCAAAAGAACGUCAUUACCUGGAACUCUAUGCUCACAGCCUAUACAGAGAACGAGAAUCUUGUAGAGGCAGAAUGCUUGUUUGACAAAAUGCCGGAGUUGGAUCUUGUUUCAUGGACUACCAUGCUAUCGACAUAUGCCCAAGAAGGGCAUAUCCAGAAAGCUAAGCAUAUAUUCGAUAAAAUGCCCGAGAAGGACAGGGUUGCAUGGACAGCAAUGCUGAGGACAUAUGCCCUGUGUGGGGAUCUGGAGUAUGCUAGGUGGAUUUUAGAGAGUAUGCCUGAGUGGGACACGGUAGCCUUGACUACCAUGCUAGCUGCAUAUGCCCAAAGUGAUCACUUAGAACAAGCAGAAUGUUUGUACGCAAGGGUUGACGAAAAGAAUCCGGUGCUACAAACUGCAAUGCUAAGUGCGUACAAUAUCAAUGGAAACUUGAUCGAGGCAAAGAGUGUGUUUGAUGAAAUGGGUCAGAGGAGUAUGGUCUCGUGGAACUCGAUGCUCUCGGCAUAUGCCCAGCACGGGAAUGUCAAAGCUGCGAAACGAAUCUUUGAUGAGAUACACGAGAGGAGUGCCGUGACAUGGAUUGCUAUGAUGUCGGCAUAUGCGCAGAAUGGGCAUUUCCGAGAAGCCCUGUUCUUGUUCCGCGAGAUGAAUAGCUUCCAGAUCUUCCUCGACGAUGUUUGCUUCAUCUGUGCGUUGCACGCUUGCAAUCACGUCGGCAAGACGAACGCCGCCAAGUCGUGCUUCGUUUCGAUGAGCUUCGACUUUGGUGUCUCUCCGACGAAGCGCCACUACUGCUGCCUCGCGGAUCUCAUCGCCCGCGCGGGCCACCUCCGCGACGCCGAAGAUCUCGUGCUAAACAUGCCAUUCGUGCCGGAUAAGUCCGACUGGAGAUCUCUCCUGGGCGCUUCCAAGUCUCACAGUAGCGCCAAGCUUGGAGCUCGAGCGGCGCAUCGAGUGCUUGAUAUGGAUCCCUGCGACGCGCCCUCUUACGUCCUCCUUUCGACCAUAAGCUAGAAACUUCGCCAAAGCACAAUGCUCCAAUCCAAUUCGAUGCAAGCGCAGAUCCAGAACGAUCCAGCAUUCUAUGCUCAAGAAUUGUAGGAUCUCGCCCAUGAGACACGACCAUUUUAGUCUUCGGAAGCAGUGGAUUGAGGAAGAAACAAAAGCAACUGUUGAGCUCAGUCAAUGGUCUCUACAAAGUUGGCAGUAGAGUUUCUUACAUAGUCUUCCGUGGGUACAGGCUCGCAAUUGGUGUCUACCUCUCCACUAUGAUACGCAAGAGGAUGAGGUUCUGGAGCUUGUCACCAUUUCGAAGAGCCUCGAUGAAUCUGAGGCCUGUUGCUCGUUUGACGGGAAGAGUUUUGCCAGUGUCUCUAGCCUACGCGACGCUAUCUGAUGCAAAAUAACAGGUCCGAUGCUAUGGCUUGAAGAAAGGGAACGUAGACGAGUUUCUCUUGCUCUGCCCGUUUUGGAAGUUGAAAGUGGGCAAGGCCUCAACACUGUGAUCCUAGCGUUCGAGAUUGGGGAGAGACACGAGGAGCCGGGGUGGCGCAAACUUGGUGGAGUUCUAGGUUUGAUGCCGCAAAUCCUUGAAGUGGUUCUUUUCACUCGCCAAGGGACGCGGAAAUGCAAUGACCCUGACUUUGAGCUGUUGAGUGGCUUUCGGAUGGGAAUUCUGGCCAACACUCCGAAGUAAGUGUUGCCAUCUUUGCCUCAAGUUUACCUCACUUGUUUCUAGAGAUGAUCUCUGGGCAAAAUAAAGAAUCAUCAAUUGACAUAAAAUUUAUUUUUAUCAUUAUUAUU